AGUGUUAGCGAGCGUAUCCAGCCUGGACGGGUUCCACUGGACUAUCCGUACAGCAUAAUGGUGUUUUCAGUUCUUUUUCUAUUGAUGGCGAUUGGACAACCAACCCUAUCUGAUCAUAAGUCCAAGGACUUAGGGGUGUGGUUCGUGCGACAGGGGAGUGUGCUGUUGACUGGAGACCGUUGGCGAAUAAUAGUAUCAAUUAAUGCAACCGAGAUUUGUCAAGGAAUAGGGGAGCUGAGAGCCCAGGUGGAGGCUGCUCAGGCUACAUGGAUGAAGGCAAGUGUCAGAGUACCAGAGUUAGAAGUGUAUAAGGAGUUUUUGAAUCGCCUGAUUAAUUCAGGGCUUCAACUGGAAGAGGCUGGGCAAGCCUUGAAGGACUUAUUACCAUCAGGACGACCCCGUCGAGGCCUGAUGAACCUGGGAGGAAAAGUAAUGAGAAUGCUGUUUGGAACAGCUGAGCAGGAGGAUGUGGAGCACCUCGAGAGAACCAUAGAGCAUCUGAAGGGACAAACCGCAGAGAUUGUCCACCUUCAGCAUGAACACGUAACUGUAACCCGACAGCUGAGCCGACGAACGCAGGCAAAUACCGUACUGAUCCGACAACUUGCGGCAAGAUUCAGCGAGGAAGCAGAAGCAAUUGGUGCAUGGGCAAACCAGGUGAAUCAGAAAAUCUCAAAAGAUGACACACUUUUACAGAUUACAGUAAACAUCACAACUAAGUUACAGGACUUAGAGCUGGCGGUCAUGACUGGGUUAUUAGAAUUAAGAAAUUUGUUGUUAGCCAUAGAAAAUGUAUCUAGGAAUAAGUUUAGCGUAGGCUUAAUCACUCCUUAUGAGUUAGGGAAACUUCUUGUCAAAGUCCAAACUAGUCUGCCAAGGGGGUUAGGGCUGUUAGAGGGGCCGGACCAGUCUUAUCACUACUACCGGCUAGCUCAGACUCGGGCAAUCUCAGUGGAUGGCAUCAUCAAGAUCCUGGUAGACUUACCACUGACGGAAGCAGGAAGGCGAUUUGAGUUGUUUCAGGCCCAUUCCAUCCCGGUUGCGGAUCAGACCAACCGCCUGGCAACCCAUGUGCAUCUACACCAGCAUCACCUCCUCAUCAGUGAGGAUCGGCAACGAUAUGCAGAACCAACCCAAGAGCUGCUUGCCCAAUGUUUACCUGGCGAGGUAAUCAUCUGCCCAGCUCAGUUGCCUGUGUUCAAGAGUCACCAGUUAUCCUGUCUGAGUGCGCUGUUCCUGGAGGAUUCAGCCACAGCCCUACAACUUUGCCCUAGAACUGCAUUACUGGGCCAACCCCCUGAUACCUGGAUCUGGGAUGGACCCAGAAACAUGUGGAUCUACAGCGUGGCCACCUCUGAGCGAUUGGUGUCCCACUGCUGGCAAGGAGACAAGACCACCGUCACCCAAGUUGACAUCACUGGCCUUGGUGAGGUCAAAGCAACAGCUGGCUGUACCCUCUCCACCAACCUCUAUGACCUGCUACCAACUACUAGAGCUGGAGGGGAUUUGGAGCUGCCCAAGCGAGUAUUGACCAUGGCAGCACCUCUGCCCAUGGUGCUCCAACUUCCAAGGAACACCCAGGGGCCACCAGAGCUGCAGAAGUUGAUGAGCGACAUAAAGCAGGAGGGACCCUAUUGGAGGGGAACCUCAGGCCUACCCGAGACCACCCUGGACAACAUCCACCAGAGAUUGGCAGAUCUUGACCUUGAGGCAGAGGCUGAGCACACCACCAUCAUCUUGCUGGCAUUUGGUGGAGGCCUCUUGGCGGUCACCACCUGUGCAAUCCUGCUGUACUGGAGGGGAUCUCUACAGUUGCCAUGGAGAAGCCACAAGGUCGUGACUACUCCAACCCCAGGACCAUCAUCAGCAGCAGAAGACCAACCAGCAGCAGAGUGCAUCGAGAUGAAUCCUGUGCCAGUGACGGAGCAAGGCUCCAGUGCUUGUGAAAGUGACGGAGCAAAGCUCCCCAAGUGAAACCCACCCUCUUAUUUGAAGGGGAGGGUAGUGUAAUAGAGUGGAAAUCCUAUUGAUGAAAUGUGAUGGUGAUUUUAACAAUGGCUGAUGCCUCAGCAUUUUAGCGCCUGGCAUUAGCAACAGCGCAAGACAGUGUCUCUGUCUAACUCAAGUAGAAUUAGUACUCUCUUUCUCUCUCUUGACAGUGGCAUGAUUUUUAUUCUAGUGGGAAAACUUUUCCCAGGCUAGAGAAAUAUUAGCUCAUUGCUAAUAGAAUUUAAAAAAACGGCGCAGUAGCCGAGGGACAGUGUUAGCGAGCGUAUCCAGCCUGGACGGGUUCCACUGGACUAUCCGUACAGCAUAAUGGUGUUUUCAGUUCUUUUUCUAUUGAUGGCGAUUGGUGAGUGAAAAACUCGAACAUUUUCCUAUUAUCGAAUUCAGUCCAAAAUUAGUUGUUUUUAACUGCAGGCAGACUAGGGCGGGCUCCCUUUGGUUUUGUUUAACAAGUAACAAGCAUUUUAAAUAAUUAUUCUGAUAGCUUCUAAUGGAAAGAGAAAGAGAGUAAAUGACCUGUGGAUAUUGUUAUCCUGAUUAGAUUAUAGCACGAUUUUUAAAUUUUUAUUAAUUUAUUCAAUUUUAGAUUUUUUUCUUUGACUUUUGACAAUUUAAUUUCGAUUUUAAAUUGAAUCUAUACUGGAGAGUUUAUGUGCUAUCUGUUUAGGCUAUUGAACAAUUUUAAUUUUGUAAUCAUUAAUUCGAUUCUAGUUUUUGUCUUUGAGUUUGUUAAUUUAAUUUCUAACUUCAUUUGAAUC